AAACAAUAUUCAGUACUCAGAAGACCUCCGAACGGUGAGGAUGGAUCGGCGGAUGAUUUCGGUUUCGGCGAUCGGUGCCUUACUAUUUUUGCUAGUGGCCACAUUUGCGAAUCUCGGCUCGGCUCAGCUAAACGGAGACAACUAUCGGCUGCCAAACAAUAGCUACCCGGUACGGUACGACCUUCAGCUGACCACGCACGUCCACGAGGAUGGCAGCGAUCAGCAGUUUCGAUUCGAGGGCGUCGUGAAGAUCGAGUUGAUUCUGACAGAUUCCACCAAUAGUAGUAUAACUGUGAACUAUCGGCGGAUUAACAUAACCCACGUUAAGUUGUGGUCGGUGAAUGAAAGUGGCUCAGAAACGGUACUUCUGGAUGACGAGUCCAGCUUCGAGCUGGACGCUACUCGAGAGUUUGUGACAGUGACGCCUCUUGAACCGAUUCCAGAGGGCACCUAUUUCCUAGAGUUUCAUUACAACGGUGAACUCCGGGAGGACAGUGCGGGUUUCUAUCGAUCGUCCUAUGUCGACGAUGAGGGUCGAACGCGAUGGCUGGCCACGACUCAGUUUUCGUCGACCGAUGCCCGGCAUGCCUUCCCCUGUUACGACGAGCCGGGAAUCCGUGCUCCGAUCGGCCUGACUGUCAUCCACGGUCAACAGUACUCAGUACUCUCCAACAAUUUGCCACGGGAAUCGACUGCCGGUCCCCUCGAAGGGUACCUGCGGACGGUGUUUGACGAUACCCCCAAGAUGCAACCGUACCUGUUGGGUAUUGUGGUGAGCGACUUUGCGUCCCAAGCCAACGAGCAGCUCUACCCGAGGCAGAAGGUUUUCGGUCGGUACAACGCAUUCCGAGAUGGUGAGGCGGAGUUUAUCCUGGAAGCCGGCCACAAGAUCCUCGAAGUGCUCGAACGGUACCUGGAGACGGAUUAUGCGCUGCCCAAGAUCUACCAGGUUGCCAUACCGGACUUUGCCCCAGGUGCCAUGGAGAACUAUGGACUGGUAACCUACAAGGAAGAUCGGUUCUUCUUCAACAACGAAACGUCUCCACUGAGUCAAAAGGUGAACAUUGCAACGGUCGUCGGUCAUGAGUUCGGACACCAGUUCUUCGGAAACAUGGUAUCACCAGCUUGGUGGAGUUACCUGUGGCUUAAGGAAGGAUUCGCGAGAUAUUUUGAGUAUUUGGCCUCGGAUAUGGUAUAUCCAGAGCUUCGUAUACACGAAACUUACGCGGUAGAGAGAACGCAAUCGGCUUUCCAGCUCGAUUCUUUGGAUUCGACACGACCAAUGUCAUUCUACGUCAACACCCAGACAGAAAUUGCCGGCAUUUUCGAUGAUAUAGGUUACAGCAAAGGAGGAGCCUUGAUGCGAAAGGUACAACAUGCAAUCGGAAAAGAAGUGUUCCGUAAGGCCUUGAUCAACUAUUUACGCGCGAAAGCAUUCCAAGGGGCAACACCCGAGGAUUUUGCAGCUGCUAUUCAGAAAGCGAUUGAUGAGUCGGGACAGCAAUUGUUGCCCGCAGGUGUUACGGCCUGGGAUGUGAUCAAGUCUUGGACCGAACAGAAAGGUUUUCCAGUACUUCAUGUAUCCAGGGGACUAGAUUUGAAAGUGCAUUUGACCCAAGAAAGAUAUCUAUUGAAUGAGCUCGACAACAGCGGGGACAUCUGGAUUAUUCCGUACAAUUUUGCUACCGCAAGAAAUCCAAACUUCGAUGCAACAGUUGGUACUCGCUGGAUGCUAACCAAUGAAACUUCACUCGAUUCCGAAGGUUGGCGAGCUGAAGAUUGGAUGAUUUUCAAUAAAGAGCAAACCGGAUACUAUCGAGUCAAUUAUGACGAUAGAUUGUGGAACUUGAUUAUCGCACAAUUAUUGCAGGACAUGUCGGUUAUAAGGAACACAAACCGAGCGCAACUUAUUGAUGAUUCAUUCAAUUUGGCCCGGACAGGCCGUAUUGGCUAUAACACUCCUAUGCGACUCUUGGCUUAUCUUUCAACCGAGCGGGACUUGGUUCCUUGGAGAGCUGCUAGCUCUAAUUUGAAAACAUUGCGUCGUUUGUUUGUUGGAUCGGAUCAAUAUGAUUUGUUCAAGAGAUACCUUUUCGAAGUGAUCAAUCCGGCAUUCCUCGCUCUAGGCUUGGUCACUGGUACAUCGGAUGAUCGAUUCAUUCGUGAAACCAGACAGACAGUGGCUUCCUGGGCAUGCUUAAUGGAAUCACGCGAAUGUAUUUCCAAGUCGAUUGAACUUCUUCGUCAAUCACUAACACCACCCUAUCAUCAAAUUGAUCCAGAUCUUCGAAAUGUGAUCUAUUGUCAUGGAAUCAGUGAAGCUGAUCGGGAAACUUUCCUAGCUGUCUGGACUCGUAUGCAGAGCUCCAAGGAUCAAUCAUUUAGAAGUGAACUGAUCUAUGCGCUGGGAUGUACCAAAGAUGUCAAACUGAAGGAAUUAUUCCUAAACACCUCUAUCGCUGAUGCAGCUGAUGGAGUGAACUACUUCGGACAAGAGCGGGAGAAGAUAUUCCAAGCUAUUGCUUUCAAAGAUAGAGCUGGUUUGGAACUAGCACUGAAAUUCUUCAGUGAAAACAUGCACACCAUAAAUGAUCUGUACAAUAUAGGAAACUUUGGCAAACGAGCCGUUGGUUCAGCUAUCACCGGUUUAGCGAACUAUAUCGUCGACAGCAGUCUGAACGAAACGUUUUUCGAUCUAAUGGAAACACUCACGAAGGAAAAUCUCUUAGUGGAAACCUACCGCAAAAGAGCAGCCGAACAGGUGACACAAAAUCUGCAAUGGGUCCACACGAUGGGUGGCCAAAUCGAACAGUGGCUCAAGCAGCAGUAUCCAACUACGACUACUACGGAGGUACCAACAACGACAACUAUUGCUUCUUCAACGACGACCGAAACAACGACGCAACAUCACUCAACGACAACGGAACCGGAGGAAACGACCGGAACAUCCGCCUCUACUGUAAGCUGUUUUCCAACCUGUACUACGCCAACCUUUCCCUGGGUCGAUCGCACAACUGCCGAAGGGUUAAUCCAAACCACAACCGAAGAAGAUGAUGGAGGAAGCGUAGUGGUGGGAGGCUCUUUAACACUUUUGGUGGGAGCGGCGAUUGUCAGUUUCAUAAUUUAGAGAAGAGAAAAAUCUAGAAUCCAUCCUCCUAAGGCUAAGUGCUUAAAUAGAUGUAAGAAACACAAAAAACUGUAAGAACUUGUAUCCUAAAAUAAAA